AUCCACAGCAGCUGUCCCCUCACUUCCACCAUGGCACUUUUCAGCUGGCUGCUGAUCAUUUCUUUCCUACUAUAUGGUUUCUGGAAGAGUUUCCGUCCCAAAAAUUUCCCCCCAGGACCAUGGGCUCUGCCGUUCCUUGGAAACGUGCUGCAGCUCAAUAAAUUGAAUCCUUUGAAGGACUUAGAAAAGUUUGCCAAAAAAUAUGGCCCUGUCUUCAGUUUGUACAUAGGAGGAAUACCUAUUGUCUUUGUUCAUGGGCUUCCAUUGAUAAAAGAGGUCCUAGUGGUGAAAGGAACAGAAUUUGCUGGACGGCCGAACAACACUUUUAUAAACACCAUCCAUAAGAAAAAAGGUAUAAUCAUGGCACAUUAUGGCCAAGCUUGGAAGGAACAAAAAAAGUUUUCACUGAUGGUUCUCAGGAAUUUUGGACUGGGCAAGAGAUCACUGGAGGAAAGGAUCCUGGAAGAGGCUACCUAUUUGAGUCAAGCAUUUACAGAAAACUUGAGUAUGCCCUUCGACCCCUUUUGUCUCAUUGACAAUGCAGUUGGCAAUAUAAUUUCUACUCUUGUAUUUGGGAAGCGUUUUCAAUACAACAAUAGCUCCCUGACAAACGUGGUAGAUCUGAUACAUCAGAACACGGCUAUGAUAAUCGGGCCCUGGGCAUGGCUUUACAAUAUACUGCCGCUUGUGAGAGGACUUCCUCUCCCUCACCGGACAAUAUUCUCCAACAGCGAGAAGAUCUUUGCUUUCUUCAGAAGGGAACUGGAGGAACACAAGGCAAACCUCAAUCCCGGAAAACCCCGAGAUUUCAUUGAUGCAUACUUAGAAGAAAUAGAGAAGCCAGAGAAUAAAGGAUCAAGUUUUGAAGAAGAGAACAUGUUUAUUGUUAUGUUUGAUCUGUUCGCUGCUGGAUCGGAGACAACAGCAAGAACAAUUCAAUGGGGUUUGCUCUACUUGGUAACCUUUCCAGAUAUCCAAGAGAACUGCCAAAGUGAAAUGGACAUGGUUCUUGGAAAUGGUGCAUGCUUGAAGUAUGAAGAUCAAGAGAAGCUGCCCUACACAAAUGCAGUCAUUCAUGAAAUCCAGCGCUUUUCCAGUGUACCAGCCCUGGGAAUAGGCCACGCACCCAUCAAAGACACACAGCUUUCGGGGUAUACAAUUUCCAAGGGAACCACCGUUAUAAUCAACUUUGCUUCCAUCCUUUGUGACAAAUCUCAGUGGAAGUACCCAUCUGAGUUCAACCCCUCCAACUUUCUGAAUGAACAGGGAGAGUUUAUGAAGCCGGAAGCCUUUCUGCCUUUCUCAGCAGGCCCAAGAGUCUGCUUAGGAGAGAAUAUGGCUCGGAUGGAGUUGUUUCUCUUCCUCGCAACCAUUCUGAGAAGCUUCCAGCUGUCAUGGCCUGAUGAGUCAAAGGCACCAGACUUGACACCCCAAUAUGGCAUCACGCUGUCCCCAUCUCACUUUAAGGUCUCAUUGAAACAUCGCCAGCAAAAUGAACAGCUCUAAGUGGGAUCUGGAUCCUUCAAGUCAAGCUUAUUUAUUAUAAGCAGGGACCAUCACCAUUCAAAACGAUAGCAUAUGUAGAGGAAACCGAAGCACUAAAUUUAAAAGUGCCAAUAAAAAAAAAUCCUCAAAUAAAA